CAUCAUCUCCCGCUCUCCUACGUCGUCGCUCUAGCUGCUAUUCCUGUCCCACCAGACGAACGCCUCCCUCUCCCUUCCUAAAGCUCAUCGCUGCAGCACUAGCUGCUUCUGUGCCCCGUCACGACACCAAGGCCUCCCGCUCCUGGAUGCUGGAAAAACUCCGUGGCACAAGUGCCCACCCAAGCCAGCCACCAGCCUGGUUCUGUCCUGCGGCAGCUGUCUGCCGGGUAUCGUACCUUGUGCUGGGUGACAUACACGCCGUCAGCGUGGCUCUGGUGUGCACGACAGACCUCUUAACGUCGGAUUACACUCCGCUCUCGACAGACGUGCAACCCGCGUUCAUGACCUCAAUGCUGCUGCACCUGCCCCACUUACCUCGCAGCGACGCUCAUGGAUGCUGUGCUGGUUCUGUCGAUUCAGAUAUCUCCGGCAAAAACAAACAUAAGGGUACCGUGCCACCGGCUCCCGGUAGAGUUCAAGUCAGGGCCAGCAGCAAGUAGAGUUAGUAGAGUUAGUAGACUGCGCAAGGUGCUAGCCUCGAAGCAAUUACCACCAUCCUAUUUUGCUCGUGGGCGCAA